CUUUAGAGAGAGAAAGAGAGAGACCGCAAACGACCUCUUCUUCUCGCCUUCCAUUCCAAAUCAUCGCCCCCAUUUCUCUCGGAAGCUGCAUUGAUCUCAGAAAUCCGCGUUGAAAUCACAGCUAGGCUUGCCUCCAAAGCUAUCGGAAUCGAACAAGCGCGGUGAAAAUCGGGUGGAAAUCGGCCGGGAACCAGCCGGAUCUGCUGCCCUUUGAUCCUGAUCCGUUGAACGGGUGAUCUUUGCUUCUGGGAUUGAUUUUCGUGGGUUUUUUUUCGAUCGGAAGGGAUUUGGAAAGGAUUCAGGUUGGUUGGGGUCUUCGGAUGAGGACCUCAUGUUUCAGUCAUCGCGGAAGACGAUGAAAUGGUCCUCAUUGCUCAAGGACAUCAAGGAGAAGGUCGGCCUUACGCAAUCGCAUCCUUCGCCGGAUAGAGAGCGGGUUUUUGUUGCCUCUGGACCUGGAGAUGCGAUCUCUAGAGCUCCCGAUCCUACUCCAUCCCUCGAGGAUCUCUCCCAUGCGUCGUCUCCUGCCAGAGACAAGCAUGAUUUGGAAUUGGACUUCAAGAAGUUUUGGGAAGAAUUCCGCUCUUCCAGCUCUGAGAAGGAGAAAGAAAUGGCCUUAAACAUGGCUGUUGAAAUUUUCUGUAGACUAGUGAAGCAACAAUCUAGUGUAGCUCAGUUAGUACCAAAUUGUUCUCUGGAUUUCAAUUCCUUGCUGACCGAUCUUAUAAUUGCUCUCAGAUUAGUGGAAGCGCACAUUUUUUCUUUUGUAGUUGGAAGAGCCUUUGUUACUGAUGUUGAGAAAUUGAGAAUCUAUAGCAAGGGAAGAUCUUUGCAUGUUUCAAGUGUCAUUGGAUUCUUUUCUGAAGUCACAAAGGAUGGCAUUUGUCCUGGUUCUAAUUUGUUAUAUGCAGUGGAAGUUCUUGUUUCUGGGCCGGUUGAUAAACAACCAUUGUUGGAUUCUGGCAUUUUAUGUUGUCUGAUUCAAAUCCUCAAUGCGCUCCUAAAAUCUGAUGAGCUGAAGCAAACCAAAUCCAUGGUUGGUCAUGAUGAAUCAGUUUCAAUGGGUGUGCUGAAGGAUAAGGAUGCUAUGCAAGUUCGUCGGCUUGAGGUAGAGGGAAGUGUUGUGCACAUCAUGAAGGCACUAGCAAGUCAUCCUUCAGCUGCUCUAAGUUUGAUUGAAGAUGACUCACUUCAGGUUCUAUUUGAGAUGGUGGCAAAUGGUUCAUUGGCUGUAUUUGCACAAUUUAGAGAAGGCCUAGUUCCUUUGCACACUAUCCAGCUUCAUCGACAUGCCAUGCAGAUUCUCGGUCUUCUUCUUGUGAAUGACAAUGGAAGCACAGCAAGAUAUAUACAAAGGCAUCAUUUGAUAAAAGUUCUUUUAAUGGCUGUCAAAGACUUUGACCCGGAGAAGGGUGAUCCUGCAUACACUAUGGGCAUAGUAGACUUGCUACUGGAAUGUGUUGAAUUGUCGUAUAGACCUGAGGCUGGUUCUGUUAAGCUCAGAGAAGAUAUACAUAAUGCCCAUGGAUAUCAGUUUCUUGUACAAUUUGCUUUGAAAUUAUCUGGUUUGCAAACAGCCCAGAUCAAAGGUUCUACUUCUGAACCUUCUCUAGAAGCAACAUCCCAUGCAGUUGUUUCCAACCCUGCUUCUAGUUUGGCUGAGGAGAGUUCUUCUGGGGCAGCUCAUGCCUCAUCGUCACACUUGUCUCCAGCAUUGGCAAGACUACUUGAUGUUCUUGUCAAUCUAGCACAAACGGGUCCUGAAGCAGACACUUCCCUUGGUAUGAAAAAUUCAAAAGGUACAUAUGGAAAGGUUGGAGGCCAUAACAGAAGUCGGACACCAUCUGCUGAUAUGAUGGGAGAUGAGAUUUGGGGUAAGGGUAAUGCUAAGGUUAAAGAUCUUGAAGCCAUUCAGAUGUUGCAAGAUAUUUUUCUUAAGGCCGAUAGCACAGAACUCCAAGCUGAGGUGUUGAAUAGAAUGUUCAAAAUAUUCUCAAGUCAUCUUGAUAACUAUAAGAUGUGUCAGCAGUUGAGGACAGUUCCCCUCUUCAUUCUGAACAUGGCAGGCUUUCCUUCAUCAUUGCAGGAAAUAAUACUGAAAAUAUUGGAAUACGCUGUUACUGUUGUGAACUGUGUUCCUGAACAAGAAUUGCUUUCACUUUGCUGCUUAUUGCAACAACCUAUUACAUAUAGUUUGAAGCAUACAAUUCUUGCCUUCUUUGUAAAGCUCUUGUCCUUCGAUCAGCAAUACAAAAAAGUUCUUCGAGAAGUUGGUGUUCUAGAGGUUCUGUUAGAUGAUUUGAAACAACACAAGCUUUUUACAGGUGCAGAACAUGAAAAUAAAGACUUUAGCAUCUUGGAGAGAAAAUCUGGUUCAAGUAGUUUUAAGAAACACAUGGACAAUAAAGAUGCCAUUCUUUCUUCACCCAAACUUAUGGCGUCUGGCUCUGGGAAGUUUCCUGUAUUUGAGGAUGAAAGGACAAUUUCUGUCGCAUGGGACUGCCUAUUCUCAUUAUUAAAAAAAGCAGAAGCAAACCAACAAGCAUUCCGAUUGUCUAAUGGGGUUGCUGUAGUUCUUCCGUUUUUGGCAUCAGAGGACCAUCGUCCUGGGGUUUUGCGUUUGUUAACUUGUCUGAUCAUUGAAGAUGCUAUCCAGGCUCAUUCAGAGGAAUUAGGAACUCUAGUUGAAAUUCUCAAAAGUGGGAUGAUAACAGGUGUAUCUGGAUCUCAGUAUAAACUUCAGAAUGAUGCGAAGUGUGAUACUUUUGGGGCAUUGUGGCGCAUGCUUGGAGCUAAUACUUCAGCUCAACGUGUUUUUGGAGAAACCACCGGGUUUUCCCUUUUAUUGACUACUUUGCACAGUUUUCAGCUUGGAGAAGAACAUGGAGAAAAACCAGCUACUCUAUUGGAUUAUCUGAAGGUUUUCAUUUUUCUGUUGCGUGUUAUGACGGCUGGUGUAUGCAAUAAUGCGAUUAAUAGAUUAAGACUUCAUACUGUCCUGUCAUCACAAACCUUUUAUGAUCUUCUUUGUGAGUCGGGUUUGCUUUGUGUGGAUUGUGAGAAACAAGUUAUCCAGGUAUUGUUGGAGCUUGCACUUGAAAUUGUUCUUCCUCCAUCCACCAUGUUUCAAACAGAUAGCUCUCCAACAUCAGAUAAUUUUGAGGAGUAUGCAGAAAGUUUUCUUUCAAGCGCAUCUCUUAAUUCUAAUAGGUUUGAGAAGGAGAGAGUAUACAAUGCUAGUGCUAUUGCAGUGCUUAUUCGUUCCUUGUUACUCUUUACACCAAAAGUGCAGCUGGAUAUACUGACCUUUGUUGAAAAACUUUCUGAGGCCAGUCCAUUCAAUCAGGAGAACUUAACAUCAGUAGGUUGCGUCGGACUUCUGCUAGAGACAGUGAGCCCAUUUCUUUUGGGUUCAUCCUCAUUGCUUACGCAAGCUUUGCGGAUCGUGGAGAUACUAGGAUCUUACAGGCUAUCUUCUUCGGAGCUCCGAACUCUUUUUCGUUAUACACUUCAAAAGAAAAUGAAAAGUUCAAGUCCUCUUAUUGUUGCUAUGAUGGAGAAGUUAGUCCAUAGGGAAGAUUUAAGGUCGGCCAAUGUUUCUCUUGGUCCAUUUGUUGAGAUGGACAUGAGCAAAAUCGGGCAUGCUUCUAUUCAAGUGCCUUUAGGGGAAAGAACAUGGCCUCCUGCUGCUGGAUAUUCCUUUGUAUGCUGGUUUCAGUGUCAAAAUUUCUCAAAGAGCCAAGUCAAAGAAUCAGAUCAAUCAUUAACAAAGGGUUCUGGUAGGAAUAUAUUGCGUAUUUUUUCAGUGGGUUCAGGUGAUGAUGCCAAUACAUUGUAUGCAGAACUCUACCUUCAAAACAAUGGUUUGAUAACCCUCGCAACCAGCAACUCUUCAUCGCUGUCAUUUCCUGGUGUGGAAAUGGAAGAGGGAAGGUGGCAUCACCUUGCAGUUGUUCACAGCAAACCUAAUGCAUUAGCAGGACUAUUCCAGGCCAGUAUAGCAUAUCUUUACCUUGAUGGAAAAUUAAUACAUACUGGAAAGCUUGGGUACUCACCUUCUCCAGGUGGUAAAUCCUUGCAAGUUACUCUUGGUACUCCGGUUUCCCGUUCAAAAGUUUCAGACUUCUCAUGGAGGUUGCGUUCCUGUUAUCUCUUUGAAGAGGUGCUCUCCUCAGGCUGCAUAUGUUUCAUGUACAUUCUUGGUCAGGGAUAUAGUGGGCUAUUCCAGGACACAGAUCUAUUGAGAUUUGUGCCAAACCAAGCUUGUGGCGGGGGUAGCAUGGCAAUCUUAGAUUCUUUGGAUGCUGAACUACGCACAGUUUCAAAUAUGCAGAGGAUUGAUGGUUCUAAUAAACAAGGAACUCCUAAAUCUGAUGGCAGUGGGAUUGUGUGGGACCUGGAAAGGUUAACAAAUCUGUCAUUACAGUUAUCCGGGAAGAAGCUUAUAUUUGCAUUUGAUGGAACGACAUCAGAAGCAUUUAGGGCAUCUGGAACACUAUCCAUGCUCAAUCUUGUUGAUCCCAUGUCAACUGCUGCUUCCCCCAUUGGCGGUAUACCACGCUAUGGUCGUCUUAAUGGAGAUGUUUAUAUUUGCAGUCAGUGCAUAAUUGGAGAUAGCAUCCGCAUAGUUGGUGGAAUGGCAGUUGUCCUUGCUCUUGUUGAAGCUGCUGAAACCAAGGAUAUGUUGCAUAUGUCUUUGGCGUUACUUGCAUGCUCGCUAAAUCAGAGUCCUCAGAAUGUGCAGGAAAUGCAGGCAUUGAGAGGGUAUCACUUGCUUGCUCUGUUCCUUCAUCGUAGAAUGACCUUGUUCGACAUGCAGUCACUUGAGAUCUUUUUCCAAAUAGCAGCAUGUGAGGCCUCCUUUCCUGAGCCACAGAAGUUGCAAGCAAACCGACCUGGAACCUCCCCUUUUCAGGUCUCCCCAGAGUCCAGCCUUCAGGAUCUUACCUUGGCAAAAUUUUCUGAUGAAAUUUCCUCCUUUGGAUCUCAUGUAGAUCUGGAUGAUUACUCUGUGCAUAAGGACACGUUUAGCCAUAUUUCAGAGCUUGAAAACUCAGAUUUGCCAGCAGAAACUGUAAAUUGUAUUGUGCUGUCAAAUGCAGAUAUGGUGGAGCAUGUCCUACUGGAUUGGACGCUGUGGGUUGCUGCUCCUGUUUCCAUUCAAAUAACACUACUUGGCUUUCUUGAGCGGUUGGUUUCCAUGCAUUGGUAUAGAAAUCAUAACCUUACAAUCUUACGUCAGAUCAAUCUUGUCCAGCAUCUACUCGUAACUCUGCAAAGGGGUGAUGUGGAAAUUCCUGUUUUGGAAAAGCUGGUGGUCUUGCUAGGUGUUAUUCUAGAGGAUGGCUUUUUACCUUCUGAGUUGGAACUUGUUGUCAGGUUUGUGAUCAUGACAUUCGACCCCCCUGCACUGAUGCCAAACCAUCAAAUUAUUCGGGAGAUGAUGGGUAAGCAUGUUAUUGUUAGGAACAUGCUGUUGGAGAUGCUUAUCGACCUACAAGUGACCAUUAAUUCUGAGGAAUUACUUGAGCAGUGGCACAAGAUUGUUUCAUCCAAGUUGAUCACAUACUUUCUUGAUGAAGCUGUCCAUCCAACCAGUAUGAGAUGGAUCAUAACUCUUCUUGGAGUGAGCCUUGCUUCUUCUCCAACAUUUUCCCUUAAGUUUCGCAACAGUGGAGGCUACCAAGGGUUAGCACGUGUACUUUCCAGUUUUUAUGAUUCUCCAGAAAUAUAUUACAUACUUUUCUGUUUAAUAUUUGGAAAGGAUGUCUAUCCAAGAGUACCAGAAGUCCGCAUGUUGGAUUUUCAUGCCCUUAUGCCUAGUGAUGGGAACCAAGAAGAGUUGAGAUUUGUGGAGCUUUUAGAUUCUGUGAUUCCAAUGGCGAAAUCCACAUUUGACAGAUUGAGUGUGCAGUUAAUGCUUGCUCACCAAAAUGGCAAUCUCACACACCUCAGUAGCUUUGUUGCAGAUCUUGUAGAAGCAUCAGCUGACACCUCUGGAGAACUCCAAGGUGAAGCUCUAAUGCAUAAAACAUAUGCAGCUCGCUUGAUGGGUGGGGAAGCAGCAGCCCCUGCCACUGCUACUUCAAUUUUGCGGUUCAUGGUUGACCUGGCCAAAAUGUGUGCCCCAUUUUCUGCUGUAUGCAGGCAGGCAGAAUUUCUUGGCAAUUGUGUGGAUUUAUAUUUUUCAUGUGUAAGGGCUGAUUCUGCAAUGAAGAUGGCAAAAGACCUUACAAGUGGAGCUCCUGAUGAGAGUAACUUGAACGAUAAUGAUGAUAACCAGAGCUCUCAAAAUACUUUUUCUAGUUUGCCUGUGGAUCAGGAGAUGUCUGUAAAGACUUCCAUGAGCAUUGGAAGUUAUCCGCAGGAGCAAAAGAGCACAAACUCUGAUGAUGUGGUUGGACUACAAAAUGAAACUGUGGAUGUUCAUGAAGUGAAUAGAGGUGCUUCAGUGCAUCUUGAGUCCAGCAACUCUUCGCCUGAAGAUAUCCUAUCUCUGAAAGACUUUGGUGAGGCAAGUAUAACACCAAUCUCAGUUGCUUCCAUUGCUCAUGGAAAUAAUUUUCCCAAUUCUAAUGGGAAUAUGGAUCUCACUGAAUCGACUGAGUCAUUUGGUUCUGCAUCAUUAAUUGUACCUGAUUCGCCUGUCCUUUCUGAGAAGUCAAAUUCCAAAAUAGUGCAGACACCUACUUCUUCCCCUGUGGUUGGUUCAACAUCAUUAUUUGGCAGCAUAGGGAGUAACAGUGAAUCCAAAGCAGAACUAACUACAACUGCAUCAAUGAAAUCUUCAAUUUCUCUUAAUGAAUUUCACACGUCACUUGAAUUGAAGGGGGAUUCACAACGGUCAUUGGUGAACGCGUUAUUUCCCAUCAGUGCAAAGCUUCUGCUUGAAAUUGAGGAGUCAGGUUACAGUGGUGGUCCUUGUUCUGCAGGAGCACAUUCUGUGUUAGAUCUUAUUGCAGAAGUUCUUGCGGAUAUCAUUGCAGAACAGCUAAAAGCAACCCAGUUUGUCGAGGGCAUUUUAGAUGCUGCUCUGCAAUACGUGGAUGCAGAGACUGCCUUGGUUUUCCAAGGUUUGUGUCUAAGUAGAUUGAUGAAUUUCCUAGAAAGGCGUCUCUUGCGAGAUGAUGAGGAAGAAGAUAAAAGACUUGAUAAAAGUCGCUGGUCUGUUAACUUAGAUGCUCUUUGCGGUUUGGUUGUAGAUCGUGUAUAUCUGGGCUCUUUUCCUCAACCUGUAGGAGUAUUAAGAACUCUGGAGUUUCUAUUGUCGAUGUUACAACUUGCCAACAAAGACGGUCGUGUUGAAGAAGCAGAACCUGCAGGAAAAAGCCGCUUAGCAAUCACAAGGGGAGGCAGGCAACUUGAAUCUUAUGUACAGAGCAUUUUCAAAAGCACAAAUCGCAUGAUAAUGUAUUGUUUCCUGCCUUCUUUUCUGACAUCAAUUGGUGAGGAGGAUUUUCUUUCACGUCUGGGAUUCCUGACAGAUAAUGUGAAGAUUUCCCCUCCCCAAUCUAUACAAGAUGAGUCUGUUGUGGAUAUCAGUGCAGUUCUGCAGUUGCUUGUGGCCAACAAGAGACUUAUUCUUUGUCCAAGCAAUCUUGAUAAUGAUUUGAUUUGCUGUCUUUGUAUAAAUCUAAUCUCUCUUUUCCGUGAUAAGAGGCAAAAUGCACAAAACCUGGCAAUAGAUCUAAUGAAGUAUCUUCUAUUGCAUCGCCGCUCUGCUCUUGAGGACUUGCUUGUAUCCAAACCUAACCAAGGUCAAUAUUUGGAUGUUCUUCGAGGAGGUUUUGACAAAUUACUGACAGGAAGUACAUCUAUGUUUCUUGUAUGGCUUGAACGCUCUGAGCAUAAUAUUAAUCAAGUACUGGAACAAUGUGCUGCUAUUAUGUGGGUGCAGCGGGUUGCUGGGUCAGCGAAAUUUCCUGGUGUGAGAAUAAAAACCAUGGAAGACAGGCACAAGAAAGAAAUGGUGAAAAAGUUGCAGCCAUCAAAGGCAGAUCUGAAGCAUUGGGAGCAGGUAAAUGAGCGGAGGUAUGCACUUGAGUUAGUUCGUGAUCUAAUGUCAACUGAGCUUAGGGUCAUUCGUCAAGAUAAGUAUGGAUGGGUUCUUCAUGCUGAGAGUGAAUGGCAAACACACAUCCAACAACUUGUUCAUGAAAGAGGGAUUUUCCCUAUUCAUAGUUGUUUGGAAUCAGAAUGGCAACUUUGUCCCAUUGAAGGGCCAUAUCGCAUGCGCAAGAAGCUUGAGCGUUGCAAAUUGAAAGUUGACAUUAUUCAGAAUGUAAUCUCCAGAGGUGUGGAGUUGGAAAACACAAAACUCAAGAAAGAAAAGCUUGAGAAUGGUUCAGGUAACUCUGGAUCUGAUUCAGAGUCAGGUUUUAACUUAUUUUCAGAUGGUGCUAAGCAGAAGUCUCUUGAGCUUGGAGAGGAUGAAGAAGAAUCUUACUUUAAGGAUGCAGAUGAGCUUAAAGCUGAAGGCUCUGAAUCUGCUCACAUUGGGUGGAAUGAUGACCGAUGUAGCAGCAUGAAUGAACCAAGCCUUCACUCUGCUAUGGACUUUGGUGCUGCAUCUAGUGCAUUUUCAGUUCCAACUACAGAUGUUCUGAACAGCAAAUCUGAUGUGGGCUCUAUGAGACAGUCAUCUUCGAUAAGAGUUGAAGAUGCAAGAGGAUCAGAUGACAAGUCAGAAAAGGAACUGCAUGAUAAUGGUGAAUAUCUCAUCAGACCUUACCUUGAACCUCUUGAGAGAAUACGGUUCAAAUACAAUUGUGAACGUGUUGCGGGGUUGGACAAACAUGAUGGUAUUUUUUUAAUAGGAGAACUCUGUUUAUAUGUUAUUGAGAAUUUUUACAUAGAUGAGUCUGGGUGCAUCUGCGAAAAGGAAAGUGAAGAUGAUUUGUCUGUGAUCGAUCAAGCUUUGGGUGUAAAGAAGGAUCUUUCUGUCAAUGUUGACUUCCAGAUAAAAUCACCUUCUUCAUGGAGCAUGUCAGUCAGGACAUUUGUUGGUGGAAGAGCAUGGGCUUAUAAUGGAGGUGCAUGGGGAAAGGAGAAGGCAUGUAACAGUGGUAAUCUUCCCCAUCCAUGGCAUAUGUGGAAGCUUGAUAGUGUUUAUGAGCUCCUGAAACGUGAUUACCAGCUGCGUCCUGUUGCUGUUGAGAUAUUUAGCACAGAUGGGUGUAAUGAUCUUCUUGUGUUCCAUAAAAAAGAGAGGGAGGAAGUUUUCAAAAAUUUGAUAGCCAUGAACCUUCCGCGGAACAGCACGUUGGACACAACGAUUUCCGGUUCUUCAAAACAAGAGAGCAAUGAGGGAAGCCGACUUUUCAAGCUCAUGGCCAAGUCCUUUUCCAAGAGGUGGCAAAAUGGAGAAAUUAGCAAUUUUCAGUACCUCAUGCAUCUCAAUACUCUAGCAGGACGUGGUUAUAGUGACCUCACACAGUACCCGGUAUUUCCCUGGGUUCUUGCUGACUAUGAGAGUGAUGUUCUAGACCUGUCAAAUUCUCGAUCCUUCCGGAAGCUCGACAAACCAAUGGGAUGCCAAACAGUGGAGGGAGAAGAGGAAUUUAAAAAGAGAUAUGAAAGCUGGGAUGACCCUGAUGUACCCAAAUUUCAUUAUGGUUCUCAUUAUUCUAGUGCGGGGAUUGUUCUUUUCUAUCUUCUAAGAUUGCCACCAUUCAGUACUGAAAACCAGACUCUACAAGGUGGGCAAUUUGACCAUGCGGACCGUUUAUUCAACAGUGUUAGAGAUACAUGGUUAAGUGCAGCUGGAAAGGGUAACACAUCUGACGUCAAGGAACUAAUUCCUGAGUUCUUUUACAUGCCUGAGUUUCUGGAGAACAGGUUUAAUCUUGAUUUGGGAGAAAAGCAGUCAGGAGAGAAGGUUGGUGAUGUUCUUUUGCCCCCUUGGGCAAAAGGAAGUGCAAGAGAAUUCAUCAAGAAGCACCGUGAAGCAUUGGAAUCAGAUUAUGUUUCUGAAAAUUUGCACCAUUGGAUAGAUCUUAUAUUCGGGUAUAAGCAAAGGGGCAAGGCAGCUGAAGAUGCUGUUAAUGUCUUCUAUCACUACACAUAUGAAGGAAGUGUAGACAUUGAUUCAGUUUCAGAUCCUGCAAUGAAAGCAUCAAUUCUAGCUCAAAUCAAUCAUUUUGGUCAGACGCCGAAGCAGUUAUUCCUCAAGCCUCAUGUUAAACGGCGAACUGACAGAAAAGUACCCCCUCAUCCACUCCGUUACAGUGCUCAUCUGGCUCCUCAUGAGAUCCGCAAGAGCUCUGGGUCCAUUACUCAGAUUGUCACCUUCCAUGAAAAGAUUCUCAUUGCUGGGGCCAAUAACUUACUCAAGCCAACAACAUACAGCAAGUAUAUUGCGUGGGGUUUUCCUGAUCGAAGUUUGAGGAUUAUGAGUUAUGACCAGGACCGGCUCCUUGCAACCCAUGAGAGCCUUCAUGGAGGGAACCAGAUACAAUGUGCUGGGGUGAGCCAAGAUGGUCAGGUUCUGGUCACCGGGGGAGAUGAUGGCGUGGUCGCAGUUUGGAGAUUCGCCAAAGAUGGGGUUCAAGGUCAGCGUAGCCUGCGAUUAGAGAGAGCUCUAUGUGCUCACACUGCUAAAAUUACAUGCCUCUAUGUCAGCCAUCCUUACACACUUAUUGUGAGUGGUUCUGAUGAUUGCAGUGUUAUUCUAUGGGAUCUGAGUAGUCUAGCCUUUGUGAAACAGCUCCCUGAGUUCCCCACACCAGUUUCAGCUGUCCAUGUGAAUGAUCUAACUGGAGAGAUCUUAACAGCUGCUGGGGUCAUGCUUGCAGUCUGGAGUGUCAACGGAGACUGUCUUGCUGUUGUGAAUACCUCUCAGCUUCCGUCAGACAUGAUCUUAUCAGUGGCGAGUGCAAUCUACUCGGACUGGCAGGAUACAAACUGGUACGUGACAGGCCACAAAAGUGGUGCUGUCAAGGUGUGGAACAUGGUGCAUUUUAGUUCAGAAGAUGCGAAUGGGAAGGGCCGGACACCGACUGAGGGCAUGGGAGGCUUGAGUUUCCACGGGAAGGCUCCGGAGUACAAGUUACUACUCCAUAAAGUGCUCAAACGCCACAAAGAUCCUGUCACCGCACUACACAUUACUAACGAUCUCAAGCAGUUACUGAGCGGUGAUUCCGGCGGCCGCUUGGUCUCCUGGACUAUACAAGAAGAAAGCUUGAAAGCUUUGCAUGGUACGGGGUGAUGAUCCCUCGACAGAACCAUUGCUGAUCCUUAAAUUCUUAUGUGGGGUUAGCAUUCAGGGAUUUAUUCGGUUCCCCGAUUCAGAUAGAACGAUAAGAGCUGGCCUCGAAAUGGUUUGAAAAUGCGUGCCUGAUAUUGGAAUGCUUUGCUACAAAAUCAACAAAAGGAUAUGCUAACUUCAACAAAGAAGUUCAGGUUAAAUUAUAACUGCUAACAGAAAGAAAGAGAAAAAUGGUUGCUCUCAUCAUUUUGUUCUUUGGGGGAAGGCUUGUUCCUCACAGUCGGAAUUUCCGUCUUUUUCUGGUUUAUGUGCAUCAAAGCUCUGCUGGUUUACCUGUUUUUGGUGUGAAUAGGUGGUAACCAAUGUGUUUGUAAAAUUGUAUAGAAUGUGUUUUAUGGGGGUUGAAGAAUCAAAUCAAAAAUGGGAAGACAUGAACAAAUAUUGGUUUCAAUUUGCUUGUUCAUGUUGUUGAUUCUUUCUUAGGGUGUGAUUUUGUCACCCGUUUGGAUCAACUGCAACUUUCCUCAUCUCUCUUUUUAUUUUUAUUUUUAUUUUUUAAUUUUUUUUAGGAAGUCUUCCCAUUUAUUUCUAAACUUAUUAUUCUAAAUUGUUGUGUUGGUAUGUUUAUUAUUGUACUGGUUUUAUUAUUGCCUAAUCAAAUUUUUGUGUGAUA